AUGGUUUCCUGGUCGCCAUUCUCCCGUCCCAGCCCCUUCUACAACCCAUCACCAGCAAUCCCCCCAGGACUCCCCCGGUCAAAACUCCAACGACAUCGUUUUCUCAGCAACCGAUGGGGCAACGAGCUAUAUGAGGCGGCAAGACCGUCGGCUGGCCAGCUCCCUCAGCGGCCCCAGUUUCGGAGCCAGAGGACCGAAAAGAAGGUUGCGAUCCCGAAACCCCUUUCUCGACGUUCGGCCGAUGAGACCACCAACAGGACCGGGCAGAGCCCGCAGUCAGGGAAACAAGGCGAUCCGGAAUGGUGGGAGGGCCUUGUGAAAACUCGUGAAUCCCGACGUGGGCGGGACGACGCGCAGACGAAGGCGCCACGGGAAAAGCUUCGCGUCCUCCCGAAGUUUACAGAUUUGUUGAAGACGGCACUACCUGGAACCGACGAGGCCGGCAACGCAGAAGUGGUGACACCAUCGGGCGAACCGCCCGGCUUGGGAAGCUUCACCUCACAACAACAACAAUAUCUUGAGAUUUCCAAACUCCAGCGAGAACGGGAAGCCGAUCAGAAGCGGCUAAAGGAACUCCAAUCGGAGCUGGUAAUUUCCAACAUGCAAAUUGACCGCAGCGUUCAACAACUCGCAGAAGCCAAACUUGCGUUAGAAGAAGAACAACAGAAACGAAUGCCACAAAAAACUAACCAACCUUCAUUGGAACAACCACCGCGUGGUCGAGCUGUAGCAACCAUGCCUUCUGGCGUCCUAGUAAACUCCAGGGAAGGGAAACAAGCCGUCACGCUCGCCUUCCAGAAACUACGAACCACCAUCCUCAAGUUUGCCGGGAGCUCGGCCGUCCAACUGGGCCCGUUGCCCCCCAAUCUCGUCGACGUAGACAACCUGCUCCAGCCCCAGGAAUGGAACCGUGCGAAUGCCGGGCAACGGCGGUACCGGAUCAUGGCCAAGAUCUUCCAGCUGCUGUACCGCCGCAUCUUCCGUCCGGGCCUGCGCAUCUUUGGCGUCCAGGCUUUUCUCCGGAGCGGGAUUUCCGCCUCGGAAGCUUAUCUUCGUGCGCUGGAGAAAGACCUUGAGGCAAAAGGAGUCACCUCAGCCAAACUCGACCACUGGAUCGCCACAACAAUCACCACCACCACCCCCCUCCGCGACAUCCCCAAAGGCGUCGAAGGCCUCGCCCAAGAACUCUUCGACGCCCUCCGACCCGUCAUCCGCUUCGCCUUCCGCCGCAACUCAGACUCCGUACACACCCAGAUCGCAACCAUCUGCAUCCAGGCAGUCGAACUGAAACUGACCAUGCGCCGGGCGGGAAGCAGGUACCGCAUCGAGGUCCCGUCAAGGGACACGAAGCGGUGGGGUGAGCCGGGGUAUGAUGAUUUGACGGGGGGGUUACCGCCUGUGGCGUGGUUAACGGUUGUGGAUCGGGAGCCAUUGAGACAGCCGGGAGGGAAUGUGGUGUAUGUUCCGUUUGGUGCGCUGACGGGAGUUGGGGAAUGGGCUGGUGGGGAGAAAGCUAAGAUGGUGUUUGAGAGGGGGGAUUUGAAGUUGAAAAGGAAGAUUGUUGAGGUGGAGGAAACUGAAGAUGUUGAGGGGCCGCCUCGUAAACGGGCAAGUCUUGACAAGGCGACUCAGGGGUAA